CGACCCCUUCGACUAGCAAGCCAAACAUAGCAAAUUAAAUAAAGCCAAGACCCCUCGGCCUAGUAAUAGUCCUUCUAACACACAGGCUGCCAGAGAUGUCAAAAGCUUCGCAACCAGAGCUCAAAAAAUUCAUGGACAAGAAAUUGUUCAUCCAUCUCCAAGGUGGCCGUAAGGUCAGCGGAACGUUACGCGGCUAUGAUCUAUUCCUCAACCUUGUGAUCGAUGAUGGCUUGGAAGAAACCACUCCCGCUCAGAAACAUCCUAUUGGUACCGUGGUCAUUCGCGGCAACAGCGUCACUUCGAUGGAAAUCUUGGAGGCGACGCGGUAGAAUUCCACCCCCUUCCUAAAACCAACCACGGCCCGCGCUAUGUAUGUUUUGGUUCGUACCGAUGACCUGUCGCCCAUGUAUAUCACUACUCCCAGUCGGUCGCUCCGUGCGUCAGCCUUGUCGCGUGCCACAACGUCUGCGCCGAGAAAAUAUGUAGAGCUCUAGAUAACCGUGAUAAUCGACCCUCCGACUUCGGUGA